AUGAUGAACGCUUCCCCAGACAUUUUCAAAGUCGCAGUGCCUUGCGAACUACCAGGCAGUGUCGCCGGAGUUGACGAGACCUCUUUCAGCAUCGAUCUAGGCCAUUUCGGCGAGCAAGACAGUAGCUACCGCACACAAAACCUCGGGAAUCAGUUUCAGCGCGAAAUUGUUACUCACCGUGAGAAAGUAGUUUUGGUUCGGUGUAUCUCCCGUGAAGUCAUUCACGGGCUUGUGGACCCCGAUUCCAACAAACCAGCAAGCCUACUUGUAUACGACUUCUACUUCGAUGUCAAAGGACAAACGCGUCGCAUCCUAUCGGCUGAUAUCAAUUUUGUCUUCAGUAGCAUUGACGAGGAAGGGGAAGCGCCACGGGUACAUAAAAUUGCUCCAGUUGGAAAACAUCUUUGUAUGUUCACAAGUCAAGCCGAGUCAAUCACGGCGGGUGGGGAGGUCAAUGCGAGCGCAGGGUACCUGGGAGCGAAUGUGGGGAUAAGUGGCAAGAGGGAGAGAACAAUCUCCAAGACUGCAAGCGAUGCAGCAUCUGUCACAGGUUUCGUGAAGAGUGACAGAUUUGGCACAAAUAUUGGAGCAAGAUGGUAUAUCGAGGAGAACGGCACAGAGAAAAAAGGGAUACCACACUCUCUUCGGAUUGCCCUUCUUCUUCACCGAGAAGAUCAAGCCAAUUUCCAAUGUGUGGCAACCAUCAGUGCAAAAGCUGACUGGAAAACCGAGCUAAGACGAUUUAUUGGAUCUUCGGAGGAUAAAGACGACCCGAUUUUGUUUGAUACAGGUAUCCCCCCAACAAGCACCCUACACGACAUCCAAAAUUUAGGGGCGAUCAACUUGGAAAAAAUAUUUGACAUCACCUCGUAUACUAAAUUUGAAGGCUCUGUGAAAUAG